UUUUGGGAGGUCUUUGGCCGCUGCUUUUAGAGGCGUUUCCACCUCGGCGGACCCUCACCUCGCCGUAGUGUCCUGGCCAUGCUGCGCUGCUAGUGGGGGGAGGAAGGCUGUACUUACCGUUAGUGCUUCCGUGAAACCAAAGAAUAGCACUGCGCCUAAAACUUACUCAUUGACCGGCGCCUACUUAAAGUGAUGGCAUGCUCACUGUCUCUUCUACCAUCGCCUCUCCUACUUCUUCUCCCUAGCUUUCUUCUAGUCGCUCGCGUCCUACCACAAUGCCGUCCUCCACGAAGCGAAUCAUUCGAAAAGAGCUAUCCACCUCUACUGGUAUCAAGAACGCCGCUCUAAUGCGAAAUCGCUACUUAUUGCGUCGAUCCAACUCAUCUUCAGCUGCCGACUCGUGCUGGGAAGGGCAGUCAGAUACCAACUCAUUCUCUGACACGUACUCGGACCCCGAUACUAAGGCAGAUACGGAUAUAAAUAUCAAGCUUAGUGCAGGCGAAGAUGCUAGUUUCACCUCAGAGCAGGAGCCAGACGCGGAUCUAGACUCUAAAGCCGAAGAGAUACUAAAUGUUAGGACUAUACUGUAGCAAGAUACUAGGUGCACAAGUUCUUAGUUAUCUUUAAUGUAUUCCUCUAGUAGACUAGAGACAAAUUACUACUAAGAAGUAGUAGCAAUAUUUAAGUACUUAUACUCUAUAAUUAGCUCUUUUAGGCUAAUCUAGUCUAGUCUAGCCUAUUCUAGGCUAGAGCCUAACAUUAUCUCUUUUCUUAAAGAAGACUAAUCUAGUCUAAAUAGAAAGCUUUUAGAGAGAGAACUUAUAAAGAACUUUAUUACUUACCUUUACUUAGUAAGAGUAGUAAAAUUCCUAGAAAACCUAGUAGGUAGUAGUGUAACGGGCUGAACGCCCUUUAGA